AUGGACCUGGACGAGCCUGCUUAUCCGCCGCCAGAUGGAAUUACGCCAAACUUUGACAAUCCAACGAAUCGAAAUGCAUUUGCCUUGGGCAUCCUCGUUGCAUGCGUCACAGUCACCACGAUUUGCUUUUUGAUGCGUGUUUAUGCCCGGGUUUAUCUGUUGAAAAAGAUACGAAUUGAAGAAAUACUGGCCGUGCUUGCAUAUGGGUGCUACUGGGGACCUGGCUAUACAGCGUUUGCCAUGGUCAGGAAGCCUGGCUAUUUCGUUCACCAAUGGGAUGUCCGCUGUCGCGAUUUCAUACUUACCAAUUAUUAUGUCUUUGUCUUUGGCGUCUGUUACUCAUUUGUCCUUCCGCUCCUCAAGAUAGCCAUUCUUGUGGAGUGGUGUCGACUGCUAGCCCCUCAGGGCUUGAGAUCUCGCACCGCCUUCUGGUGGGGAUGCAUGGUCACAAUCUGUAUCCAGGUCAUCGCGGGCAUCGGCAUAAUACUAGCCUUGAAUCUCCAGUGCAUCCCUCACAGAGCCAUCUAUGACCUCACCGUUCCGGGGAAAUGCGUCGACCUGUACAAAAUCCAACUCGCAUCAGCCAGCGUCCAUCUGACAUGCGACGCGAUCAUGCUGCUGCUGCCACAGCCUGUUAUUUGGACGUUGAAAAUGACGUGGAGGAAGAGGCUGGGCGUUUCGUUCGUCUUUAGUCUCGGUGUGCUGGCGUGUGCUUCCGCAGCACUUAGAUUGGACACGACGGUGAUCCACGCUAAUGCAGACGAUCCGCUGUACAGUUUGGCUCCCCUGGUUCUCUGUUCCAUGGCUGAGAUGACGUGCGGGUUUUUCAUUUUCUGUUUGCCCUGCAUUCCCAAGAUUAUCAAGGAGACCGGCGUCAUCCGCAGAAUCAAAAGUGUCUUGGGUGUGAAGACCACGCCCACCAAGCCUAGUGGGUACUCGGAGAACUAUGGAACUAGGGUGUCAGCUUAUGGCAGCGCCUCCUACAUGAUGAGUAACAACAUCAGAAGGGACAAGCAGAAAGGGACCGAAUCAAUGGAAUACCUACACGAGGGUAUUCUCGAGGCAGGGGGGAUCAUUCGGACAACACAUAUCUCCGUCACGGAGGAAUCUCGCACUGCCAGUGAUGAUGAGAGCAAAAAGGCGGCCUGUCCGUAUAUUUCCAGAACGGAUGGUGUCGAGUGA